UGCCUCCACCUCCCUCCCUGAUAGAAGAGAGAAAGAAGAAGAAGAUUCUAGAAGUCACCAGAGAGAUCACUGAGCUGCUGACAGGAGAGGUUCCUAUAAGGUGUCAGGGUGUCACUGUCUAUUUCUCCAUGGAGGAGUGGGAGUAUUUAGAAGGACACAAGGAUCUCUACAAGGACGUCAUGAUGGACAAUCAGCCGCCCCUCACAUCACCGGAUGGAUCCAGUCAUGGGAACCCACCAGAGAGAUGUCCCCGUCCUCUGUAUUCCGGGAUUCCACACAGGAAGUCACACCAUCCCUCACCAUCAUCAGAGUGGAAACCUGAGAGAUCCUAAAGUUGAGGUUAAAAAGGAGAUAAAAGAGGAGGAGGAUGAGGAUGGGGUGAUGGAGGAGUCAGAGCGUCUAAAAGACACCAUGGUGGAGUCAUCCAGCUACAGGAACCCACCAGAGAGUUGUCCCCAUCCUCUGUAUUCACAGGAUUCCACACAGGAAGGUCACACCAUCCCUCACCAUUACAAGGGUGAAGAUCUGAUGGAUAUAAAAGUUGAGGUGAAAGCAGAAGAAGAAGAGGCGUAUGUGAGGGAUGAUCAGCAGUCUAUGGAGGAGGAUGGAAUAACGGGGACAUUUAUAGAGGAGGACACUCCUACAGAGAUCAGCACAGUCCAUGGCCGGGAGAUGAGGAAAACCUCUGAGGAUUGUCUCACUUUGUCUCCAGACUGGAAAGUAGAAGAUGAGGACAUCACACAGUAUAGUCCAGGAGAAAACCCGGCUCCCUCCAAUGUCCAUCCGGCACCACCCAGUGUAGAUGGACCAUCGAUUCCUCGUAUCCUGAGGAACCUCAGACUGUGCGGGACCGGCCCGGCCUUCCAACAGGGAAGAGCUUCUCCUGUACUGAGUGUGGAAAAUGUUUCAAUUCUAACUCUGGACUUAAUGUGCAUAGAAGAUCUCACACAGGUGAGAAGCCAUAUUCCUGUCUUGAGUGCGGGAAAUGUUUUUCAGCAAAGUCACACCUUUACAGACAUCAGAGAUCUCACAUGGGGGAAAAACCGUAUUUCUGUUCUGAGUGCGGGAAAUGUUUUUCAAAGAACUCCAAUCUUUACAGACAUCAGAGAUCUCACACAGGGGAGAAGGUAUAUUACUGUUCGGAGUGUGGGAAAUGUUUUUCAGAUAAAUCCAGUCUUUAUAAUCAUCAGAGAUCUCACACAGGUGAGAAGCCAUAUUCCUGUUCAGAGUGUGGGAAAUGUUUUGUUCAAAAAUCUGCUCUUGUCAAACACCAGAGAUCUC